AUGGCUUUGUUCUUUGGAAAGACAGUGCUACUCAUGCUAGUUCUAUCAUUGACAGUAAUGACAAUUUCUGGUGAAGAUAUUGGACGCAAGACAAGGCAUAUCAAAAUCUUAAAUGAUUUGGAUGGAAACUUUCCCCUGACUGUUCAUUGUAAAUCUGCUGAUGAUGAUAUUGGUGAGAAAACCCUCCUCCGUGGUGCUGUAUAUGAGUUCAGUUUUCAACCCAAGGUCUUUCCGAGGACUACACUGUUCUUUUGUAGUUUUCAGUGGAAUAGUAUACUUCAUCAUUUAAAUGUGUAUUAUGAGGGAAUUGAUUGCAGUGAGUGUUGGUAUACUGUAAAGAAAGAUGGCAAAAAUAUAUGCAGAUAUGACUUUGCCGUUGGUCAGUAUGACUUAUGCAAUGUCUGGAAUGACUAA